AUGCGUGAGGUCAUCUCUAUCCACGUCGGUCAAGCCGGUGUCCAGGUUGGAAACGCGUGCUGGGAGCUCUAUACAGUUGAGCACGGUUUGACCGUACCCGACGGUCGUAUCACCAAAGGCUCGGUCGCCGAAGGCGACAAUGGAUUCUCCACCUUUUUCUCCGAAUCCACCAAGGGCAAACACGUUCCUCGCUCUCUCUACAUUGACUUGGAGCCCAAUGUCAUUGACGAGGUGCGCAGCGGCACCUACAAGGACCUCUUCCACCCCGAGACCUUGAUUACCGGCAAGGAAGAUGCCGCUAACAACUAUGCUCGUGGUCACUAUACCAUCGGAAAAGAGAUGAUCGACACCACCAUGGACCGCAUUCGGCGCUUGGCAGACAACUGCUCUGGUCUCCAGGGCUUCUUUGUCUUCCACUCGUUUGGCGGUGGUAGCGGUUCCGGUUUCGGAGCGCUCUUACUAGAACGCCUCAGCCAGGAUUACGGAAAAAAGUCCAAGCUCGAGUUCGCUGUUUACCCAGCUCCUAAGAUGUCCAGCUCUGUGGUUGAGCCCUACAACGCCGUGCUUACCACGCACACGACCCUUGAGCACUCCGACUGCUCCUUCUUGGUCGACAACGAAGCGAUUUACGACAUCUGCAAGCAGCGCUUGGGGAUCACAUCUCCUGGGUUCACCAACCUGAACCGUCUGAUCGCCCAGGUCGUCUCUAGCGUCACUGCAUCGCUCCGUUUCGAUGGUAGCUUGAACGUGGACUUGAACGAGUUCCAGACCAACUUGGUUCCUUUCCCUCGUAUUCACUUCCCUCUCGCCACUCUUGCUCCUAUCAUCUCUGCUGCCAAGGCACAGCACGAGCAGAACUCGGUUGCAGAGAUGACCUUCUCUUGCUUCGAGACCGGCAACCAAAUGGUCAAGUGCGAGCCUCGCGAGGGCAAAUACAUGGCCUGCUGCUUGUUGUUCCGUGGAGACGUCAUCCCUAAGGACGUCAACGCUGCGAUCUCGACAAUCAAGACCAAGCGUACUAUCCAGUUCGUCGACUGGUGCCCUACCGGCUUCAAGCUCGGUAUCUGCAAUGAACCUCCCGCCGCCGUUCCUGGUGCGGACUUGGCACCCGUCUCGCGCAGUCUGUGCAUGUUGUCCAACACCACUGCCAUCUCGAGCGCCUGGACACGCCUUAACAAGAAGUUCGACCUUUUGUACUCCAAGCGUGCCUUUGUUCACUGGUACGUCGGUGAGGGUAUGGAAGAAGGUGAAUUCUCCGAGGCACGUGAGGACUUGGCUGCCCUCGAGAAGGACUACGAGGAGGUUGGCAUUGACUCGGCCGAUGCUGAGGAAGAGCCCGAAUACUAA